CAGUAUUUUUUCUGUGUUGCUUGAUUUUCAAAAUUGUUACAUUUUUAUUAUUAAAAAUUAAUAAAUAAAUAUUUUAUUACUGUUAGUUGGUUGUUUGUGAAGCUUUGAAUAAAUUAUUAAUUUUUCUUCUUUUAUUUAUUUCGUUUGAAUUGUGUAAAAGUUUGGUUAAAAAAGUGAGGUUAGACGAUGCAACAUAUGUCAGUUUAAGUAGAGCCAAAAAUCGUUAUUUCUGUCCAAAAAUGGACUUCAUAAAUGACAAUAAGGGUUCUUUGAGUGCGAAUGAGCUCUCAAUUAGUGGCGAAAGUUCUGGAAGAGUAUCCUCCUGCCACUCACGCCGCGCCCCUUCGUAAAAACGACAAGAAGAGUAGUUCACUAGAAUCGUUUUCCGGUGAAAUGGGUUGGAGUGGUGGACACAAAAAGAGAAAACAGAAACUUGAUAUUUUUCAGGAAUUGCAAAACGCCAAGAGUGAGGUUCACGAAGUGCUAAAAAAGUCGGUCAUAACACCGGAAUUUGAGAAACAACACGUACCACCGUAUGAACUGUGAAAGAAAUCUGAAAAAACAAGAAAGAAAGAGGCUGAAAAAACUAAGGGGAAGAAGUGGUAUGGUUUGCCUGCAACUGAAAUGACUGAAGAAGUCAAACGUGAUCUUGAAAUCCUCCAAAUGCGGGGGGUUUUGGACCCGAAACGAUUCUACAAGAAAAACGACUUGAAAGUUCUUCCAAAAUAUUUUCCAAAUUCUUAGUGUUUGAUUUUCUAGCACGAGGAAUCGACUUGCCGGGGGUGAAUUGUGUAGUGUCUUAUUCAGCCCCUAAAUAUUUGAAAACUUAGAUACAUAGAGGGGGGAGGACAGCAAGAGCGGGUGAAUCGGGGGUGGCUGUGACACUUUUACAUGAGGAACAAGUACCAGCGUUUAAAGCCUUGUUGAAGAAGGAGGUUGAGGUCGGGGUGGAGGAGUUGGAGGGGAUGAGUGAGAGGUAUAAGAAGGCGUUGAGGAGGCUCAAGGAGGCGGUUAACAAAGAGGAGAAAGUGGGCAUGGAUAGUGUUUUGGCGAAGAAAAAGGCCUUGAAGAAGUUAAAGAAGAAGAUUAAUACGAUUAAAUAGCAAAUCUUGGUUUUGUAAUAAUAAAAUGAUUUCUUUAUCAAAA